GGUUACUACUCCUAAUUCUCCUGGAAUCUUAGCCCAAGAUGGAUCAAACUGUGAUCUUUUUUUGGGUGCUACUCUCAGCAUCAGGUAAUGUGCUGUGUGUGUGUGUGUGUGUGUGUGAGAGAGAGAGAGAGAGAGAGAUAUCUUUGCUUCACCUUCUUUUCUGUCUUGCAUACAUAAAGUCGAACAGCAAUUUCAAUAAAUAAAUGCUUAAAUCAGAAUUGAAAAAUAAAGGACAAAGUCUGUAGCACAGUGGUAGGGAAGGCUCCAAGUUCCAACCCUGGUAUCACCAUAUAGGGUUGGGAAAGUCUCUUGACUGAAACACUGGAGAGUUUCUGCCAGUCAGUGUAGACAAUACUGAUGUAGAUGGACCAAUGAAUUUAAGUCCGUAUAAGGCAGCUUCAUAUAUUCCUAUGAAGAAACGAAUGUUGACUGUUUUCAUAUAUGAACUGCUUGAACCUUUUAGAGCAUAGUCAUAGGUAUCAACUUUGCUGUAGAAAAUUGACUGUCAUUUGCUUUGUUGCAAACUUGGUCUUCAGAUUAUGGUCUGUGCAUCCAUCUAGAGUUAGCCACCCUUAUGCACACUUCAGGGAAGUAAGUGCCAUUGACUUGUUUCUCAGGAAACAGGAACAGACCGCAAAUCUUGUCGGGAGCAAUGGGAUAAGUUUGUCAAAACCAAUUUAUUCUACUGGUUUCAGUGGGGUGAACUUUGGCUGGAUCGGUAUGUUAGUGUUCGUUAGAAAAUAAAUUAAAAACCAUUACUCUAUUCAUUUCACAACCUUGCCUUUGUUUGGGGGAAAUUAUUGAAUGAUUUAUUACUUUGAUUACAUUUGGCAUUCAAUUCAGGGAAGUUAGGUUUCAGAGAAUAGUUUUGAGAUGUAGACUAGGUAGAUUGUCUAGGGAACUUUUUCUAUCCCUCUCCACUGGAGGCUUGAAAGAAAAACAGUUUUCAAAAAGGUCAUUAAGAAGCUAAAUCAACAUUUUUUUUGUUAGGAAUCUUCCCAAACAUAUUGGGUGGUAUUCAACUAAGUUUUACAUAUAGUAAACACACUAAAAUUAAUGAACAUGACUAAGUUAGGUCCAUUAAUUUUAAAGGAUCUGCUAUGGGCAGAGGUGCCAGCUUCUCCAGACUAUUUAGGGGUCCUGUCAUGACAUCCCAACAUCAUGCACAUGAUAUCGUGCAACGUUCUGAUGUCACGCGUGUGGCACUGCAUGGCAUUCUGAUGUUGUGUGACUUUAUGAUGUCACGUGCGUCCCCUCAAUUGUCCAGAGAAGUUGGCCCGUCCUUCUCUAAAAUAAGAUGGGGGAGAAAGCUAAAGUGCUUUGGCCCCAGACGCCGGCACCCUUGGCUCUAGAUAAACACCACCUGGAGUCCAGAACCUCUGAGCAUCAAAUUUGUGCUCCUACUUAUACUACCUAUAGAACACUCAAGCUUGAAAGGCAGUUUUUACCUCAAUGUAAAAUGGAUUAGAUGUAUUUUAGAGCGUAGCAGCUUCUUCAGCAUGUGCCCAGUUGAAGUUCAUGUUUUUGAUGUGGUAUGGGAUCUUCCCCCCCCCCCCAAUUGCCCCCAGAAGGUCGCAGCCAUAGGCGCCAACUCCCUGGGGCCCUGGAUGCCUCAGCACUCACAAAAUUCCCCAUGAAGGGGCUGGACAACCACAAAAUUUGGUGCUAAGGCACCCAUGGUCCUGGGGCCAAGUUGGCACUCCUGGUCCCAGCAGAUGUUGCCACGGGUUUCCUGCACGCACAGAUUCAGGGUCUCCCUAAUCAUGGGCAAUAGGAUGGAAGAUUCACUUCUAAAACAAGUUUAGAAGGAUUGUGGAAAGUAAGCCCCUCCCACAAUCGAUAGAACUGAUCAUUAAUCACAUACACUAUUCCCAAUCCUUAGGGGGGACGCCUCAUAUCUUACAGAGCCAAAAUGGCAUUCCAAAAAUGAAAAAGGAUGCUAUCAAUAGGUUUAGGGGAAACCCAAGAUUUGCAAUUGUAUGGAAUUUUUUUACAGAAGAAAAGUGGACCAAGCAUUCCACACAGGGAAUGGUGUCCUCAGGGGCCAAUAAAUAUUGACUGUUGGGGGCAGGUAGAGAAAACCAAGGGACAGAGGGGAGCAAUUUGAUUCAGUUCACAUUUAAAGGUGAACCUACCUACCAUGCACUUUCUGAAACAAUACACAAACUAAAACACAGCCAUCCUUUGAGAUCUUAUUCUGUGGAUAAGUAAUGCAUACACAAAUGCAUAGACUAGGAUAAAGGGUGCCUAAACAUGCAUAUGUAAGUGAAAAUAAUGGAAGAAAUGCAUUAUAUUAGGGAAAACAGCUUUGCAAAAAAAUGUGUAAAGGUAAAGGUAAAGGGACCCCUGACCAUUAGGUCUAGUCGUGACCAACUCUGGGGUUGCGGCGCUCAUCUUGCUUUAUUGGCUGAGGGAGCCGGCGUACAGCUUCCAGGUCAUGUGGCCAGCAUGACUAAGCCGCUUCUGGCGAACCAGAGCAGCGCAUGGAAAUGCCAUUUACCUUCCCGCCGGAGCGGUACCUAUUUAUCUACUUGCACUUUGACAUGCUUUCGAACUGCUAGGUUGGCAGGAGCAGGGACCGAGCAAUGGGAGCUCACCCCGUCGUGGGGAUUCGAACCGCCAACCUUCUGAUCGGCAAGUCCUAGGCUCUGUGGUUUAACCCACAGCACCACCCGUGUACAAAGGGGCAAAUAUGAAUUCCGCAUGUGUAUAUUAGGAGAAAUUUGCACUAAAAUGCUGAUAAAUUUUAUGAGGACUUUAAAAAUUACAAACUGGAUUGGAAAUGUGAAAAACUGAAAGGAUUGGAAACAUGAGGAAUGGGGAGAAACCAAGAUGCACAUAUUUGCCCAUUCCUAGGUAGGGGGAACUGAAUUAGAGUAGGGAAUCUUGAACUGAGGCUACUGCACACGCCAACAUUUUUGUUGUAGGUCUCACUUAUUUAAAACUCAUUUUUAAGUAGUUGUUCCACUCCAGCUGGUUUGGACUAUAAAUUCCCUGGCUCAAUAAUGUUUUGUAUAGUGACUAGCUGUGCUGAAAUAUAUUUUGAUGCGAGUUGCGACUAUUGUUUUGUAGGCUCUCCUGGGCAUCAGUCUUAAACAAGAACCACUGUGUGCCAGAUCCUGCCACCCACACAAAGGGGAAAAGUUCGGAAGCCAGGAGGGAAGGUGUGGCUGGGGAUGGGAAGAGAAGGUUGGCAAGGGUUGGUCAGUGCUAGAAAUUUCCUUUCUCUCCCUGCCAGAAACAGCGUAGGUUGUUGCGUGACCAUGACGUCUGUGGUGUGUGAUGGUGUACUCAAACUGAUUUAGAGAGGAGGAAUUCAAUGACUUGGAAAUGCUUUUCCUUUCCUACACAUCACUCUUUCCUGUGUUUUCUUGUGCAUUACCCAUGUCAUCACCCCCAGCAUGGGUUGCAUCCAAUUUGAAAAACUUCCAUUUUAAAAAAUGAACCAACCACAACUUACACAUUUUAUUAAUUAACUAAUUGGAAAUACAUCACUUUUUAAUAUUAAGUGUCCAAGGUACUAUGCUGUGUAACAUUUUUGCUUGAAUUGUAUUUUACUUGAAUCUGCCUUAAAUAACUCUAGUUACUGAGUGUUGCUGUUACAUUCAGGUCCUGUUGCAGGCUUCCCACAGUCAGAACAGGAUACUGGACUAGCAGCUACAUCUAGUUUCUGACUUCUGUAGUUAAAGAGGUUGUCAUAACUGUAUUUGCAUGGAAGCAAAUAUCUAUGUCAAUGCAAAGAAAUCCCCCCCCCAUUUGCCCAAAUAUUUCCUAUUAUGGAGAAUAUUCAUUCCAUGCAGCUAUUUAUAACUGAGAAGGCAUCAAGGGACUCUCCACCACCCCAGUUGGUUGCAUUCCAUAAGCAUUACUUUUGAAUUCUUGAAAACCCUUGAGAGGUUUCUCUGAGCAUUCAGCCAUAAUUCUCAAGAGCAGUCUUCUUCAACCUGGUGCCUUCCAGAUGUCAUUAGCCUAUAACUCCCAUCCCAAACAACAUGAAUGGGGCUGAUGGGAGUAGGCUUCCAAAAACAUCCAAAGAGCACCAGGCUGGUGAAGGCUUCUCCAAAGGGUUCAAUGAUGGAGGCUUGAAAAUCAGCCCACCACCAUUCACAGUGGGAAGAGAUGCUCAGAACAUCAUUUCCUCCUGAAGCAGAAAUCUAUUGGGUCUUAGCCUUUUCAAGAGCAUGCUGCCCUCUCCUACCUACUCCCUGUCCUCAAGGUGAAGUAUUUUUGUGUGUGUGUUGGGGAAGAGGGAAGAGGCAACAGGCUGUGAACAUCAGCAUGGAUGUAAGAAAAAUCGAGGUGGAGGAACCAGUCCACUUCAGUCCUGCUCACUGUAAUUCCACAGACCUAGGUGCGCAAAUAGAGCACUGAAAGCAUAAGCUGUGGGUCAGUUAAAGCACAACAGUUGAGGUCCAAUUCCUUCUUCUGCACUCAUUCCCCAGUUUUGAACACCCAAUCCCAGACAUCAGAUAUAGAUCUUCAGUUCUGGUAAUGUCUGGGUGAUAAAAACACAUAUGGGACAUCUCUUAAUUUAAUAUCUAUAAUAUCUAUAUUCACACACACGAGAGAGAGAGAGAGAGAGAGAGAGAGAGAGGGAGAGAGACCACUUUAUCGUGGUCCUUAGACCCAAAAUACACAGUACAACAAUAGUACAUAUUAACAGUUAUUAAGGUGUAAGAUCAGCCUUGCUGGCCAACAGAGGAGCUUUAGCUGGUACAUACUGAUUUCUUAUUUUUAUUGCCUUCAAAAAGUGUAACAGUAUCAAACUUAUCCUCAAGGAGAACCUUGACAUGAAAUGGGUCAGUAUUUCUAGGUUGUUCCAAUAGUAUUGGAUUGAUUAGAUGCUGUCGAACCUGUUUAUACAAACGACAGUUUAUUAAAAUAUAUUCCAUAUAUUCAACAUCCUGGGAACAUGGGCACAGCCUAUCUCGGUAUGGGACACCAGCCAAUAUUCCCCUCAGCACUUCAGAUGGGAAAACAUUUAAUCUGACUUUAGAAAACAGAUGGCGAUAGUUAGAUACAGUCAAAUUCUUAAGAUAGGGAGAUAACAAAAAACCCUGUAGGUAUUGGAAUCCUGACACAGAUGGGCCACAGGUCACAUGUGAGCAAGAUCGGAAAUCACUAAAGGUGAUAUCCCAUAAGCUCUGUUUCACAGUUUUGAGGGCAGUAUCAUACCCCAGGUGGGUAAGAAAAAGGUUGAAAGACCUAUCAAAGAGGCCUUACAUGCCAUGGUUUUUGACCAGGAGCCGAUGUACUCCUCAUUUAUCAAAUGAAGGAAUAGCCCAUUCCCAAAGCCAUACAUGCAGAUUCUUAGCCAAUAUUUCAAAGCACUCCACCAGUGGGUAGGGAGAGAGAGGAAUUACAUGCUGCCAGGCUACAAACAUUGUAAAAAUUAGUUUCAUAGCAAGGCUCAAUACACUCAUUGUUCUUCCCCCUGGAUAUUAUUUACACAUUUCCCAACUAUUGCAGAAAUAGCCUUUCAUUGCUAAUCAUUAUUUUUCAUUAUACUUUCCCACAGUCAUACAGAAGAAGCUUAGCUGUCUUUAAUAACCUUUAAAUGUAUUUAUAUAAAACAAUAAACUCCUCUAUAAACCUUAACCUUUUUUAAGCUCAGCAGUAGUAGCUUUAGUAAAUUCACUUAUUAAAUAUUUCUAUUUUGGUGUUCUUUAGCUUGUAGGACAAGUCUCCCCUUGUCCUACCUGGAGAUGCUGGGAACUGAACCUGGAAACUUUUGCGUGGAAAGCAGAUGCUCUGGCACCAAGCUGUAGCUUAGCUGAGAGGGAAUGGAGCUAGGGUUCUCAUUGCCUUACAUGAGGAGGGACCCCUUAAGGGGUGUAGGUGUGGAUCAGUCUACCUGAGAUGAUGAUUGCAUUGCUAUGCCACUGGGAUGCUGAGCAACAGUCAUAGUCAUGUUUGCACAUAGUCAAGACCCAUGUUUAUCCAAAGCCUGUGUCCCGUGUGUUCCUCUUUGACCUCUAUGAAGGAUACUCCCAACGGCAGGUGCAAAAGAUUUGCUGUGGUGCAAUUACUGUCUUCUGCAAAUUACGCCUUCUACAGAGGUUUCGCUGGGGUUCUAUGGAAGCAUUUUGAGAUUAUACUAGCACCACUUCAGAACAAAAGGAUUAUGAAAAGGAGCUACUCUGUGUGUGGUUAAGUGGCAGUAAUCAUAAAUUAAAUGCUAUCAGAUUUCCAGAAGCCGGUAAGGUUAUAAAGAUGAUCAGAAGAAUGAUUCAUGUUGUUUGAAUUUAAGUACUAACAUUCAUUUCCUUAAUACUAGUCAAACACUGUGAAAUGCUGCUCUUAAAACAGAACUGAGUUUUGUUGAAUAACGUCCCAUUUCAAGAGUCUAAAAAGUAAUUGUUCAAACUCUGUUCUUUGAUUCCCCCCCCCCCCCCGUUUGCAGUUUAUACAGUAACAUAAAAAUUUGCUCUGGCUGUGAGAGAAAUCCUUUCCCAGCCCCAGUAGCGUAGCUGGGGGGGGGGGGGCCAGGGAGGGUGGUCCACACUGGGUGGCAGGCUUACCCAAAGGGUGUCCCGGGUGUCGCACAGCCUGCAGAGUGCCCCAGCCACCACCUCCUGCUUGGCUGUGGAUGGCCUGGAAAAUCAGCAUGGCCUGGAGCUCAGCUUAUUUGCCCCACCCCAUGGGUGGCUUGCCCUGCCCCUGCGGGCAGUGCAUGCACCAGCCCCGGGCACCCAAGCGGCUUGCUACACCACUGCCCAGCCCUGUCAACUAGUGGCUAACCUCCGUCUACAGCAAUGUCAACCAGCAAUCAAGGAAGGAGGGGGAGGGAUGCAAGUUGGCAAUGGUUCUUCUUUACUACUGCCAGCCACAACAGUGCUGUGCUGUGGCCUAAUCCUGGAAUUACAAUCCAGGAGUAUACUAGAAAGAGCAGGUUCUCCCUCAUGUAUGUCACUCUGGCCCUGCCUCCAGAAGUGAGCUAGUGUUGCAGAUUGGCCUCCAAUGUACAACUUCCAACUUGUACAGCUCCUGCUUUGAGCUCAGAUGAAAUGGAACUUUUAGCAUACAGUGCUCUUAUUCAUUUGGGGUUUCUUUUUGUUUGUAAGAACACAACUUGAUUGCAUUUAAGAUUGAAGCCCUACAUAUGAGACCCCUAAGAUUUGUAACUGCAUUCCACUAUAAAGGUUGCAGAAAUUGGAUUUGCUAGAGGAGUGUCCUUGUUCUUCUUCUUCUUGCUAGCAAAAGUGGCAUAUUUUUAUUCAUUGUGAGCAUGGCAUUCAAUGAAGCCAUUUUUUUCUUCUUGAUGAGGAACAUUUCCUGCUACAUAUUAAACCACAUCAAUUCAAUGAACAAUUUUGAAAUUGUAUUCUUGCAAUGUUUUCUUGAUUCUCUUUCCUCUCUCCCUUUUCUUUUAAAUAGGAGUGAAAUCUGCCACAACAGUAGCUAAAGGUAAGCAGCAUCUCUUCUGCUACAUAAUAUAAUGUUGAAUUCCAGUUCCCGGCAUGCUGAUAAUAUAGCAUCGCUUUCUCAUGCAGAAAUUUGCUAGUGGGUAGCCUGCGAACCCCUUCAGAUGCUGUUGGAGGAGCCUAAUUGCUGGGGCUGUGCAGGCCCCUCAAUGCAAUCUAGGGCCCUAUCUGACACACUGGAGCAACCCAAUCUGACCCAAGCUGAUCUGGGUCCAACCCAGCCUGACCCAAUAUCUUGUGAAUUGCCCUGUGAUCUUUGGAUGAAGGGCAGUAUACAAAUUUAAGAAAUAAUAAUAAAUAAUAAUAAGCUUGAAAUCUUUUUUUUUGGGGGGGGGGGAACAGUUCUAACUCAAGUUAAAUAUUUGGCCAGAAGGGGAGAAGGAGAAGGAGAAACUGCCUCCCCCCCCCCGCAACAGCAUAUUUUAUUAGGGUACUAAAUCAAGCACAUCAGAUUUCCCCCCCCCCAAAAAAAUACCCAUAGCAAAGCAUUCAGAAAAACCUUUGAAUUCUUUGCAUUCUGGCUUCUUGUUCUUAUAAGAAUGCCUACUAUGAGCUGAACCUAUCUAUAGGCCUGUGCUGCAAAGAAAAGCUGGAUUCACUGGGCUCGUAGUAGAUCUAGUAUUUAUUCUUCUGCCAAUGGCAGCUCUCUGCUUAAUGGUGCAAAGAUCACCUGGCUUCAUGACACACAACAGAUGUGAUGCUGAAGAUGGCUGAAGAAAACAGAAGGACUACAUGGAAUUCAGUCCUUGUGAUUCUGUCCUCUGGGUCUUGGUGAAGCUGGAAAGUUGUUACUGGGAUCUGCUUUUGGAGGGGUAGGGGGAAGCAGUGCUUUGACGCAAUACUCAGCGUUUAUUUUUGUAUUUGUUAGGUAGCUACAGUUGUGGCAAGACUUUCACAGAUCCAUCGAGGUCAUUUUCUCCCCCAUAUUACAAUGGUGGUGGAGACGUCGUAGAGUGUCUCUGGACAAUUGUUUCAUAUUAUAAGAUUCCUAUAGUGCUAACCCUUGAUUAUUUCAGGUAAGUCCUCCGUUGCUGAAAGCUAGUGUUUUGUACUGUCAGCAUCUCGCUUGUACUUUGGCAAUAGGUACCACUGAAGAGGAAAUUAUUUCGUCAUGCUUCCUUUCCUCCUUAAUCUUUUUCUUCACUUUCUGCUUCUCUUUUUCCACACUUACCCCUUUUCAUGUUCUCCUGGUUCUUUCAUCUUUUCUUUUUCUUUAUAUGUUUGCUUGUUUUGAAUAACUAGAGCAAAAGGAUGCAGAAUUGAUAUAAUACAUAAACUGAUCGAUUUGACAUUUUUUAAAAAAUACCUUGUGUAAAUCAUGUAUAAGGGCUUUUCACCUGAGCAGCUUGUUGAUGGAUCAGGUUCGUCUGCAAGGUGUGAGGGAGCUGACACCACCACCCUGUUGUGGGUUACAGGUGUGCCAGUUUAAUUUGUUUUUCAAAAAAUUUCAUCAUUACUGAAAUCACAAAGGAAUAAAAGCAUGCAUAUCCUUAAAGCAUAUAUGUGAAAGAGAAAGAAAGAAAGAAAGAAAGAAAGAAAGAAAGAAAGAAAGAACAUUUUCCAGUUUCAGAGUCCAUUCCAGUUGUUCUGUUAUUUGCAAAGUUAGUAAAAAAUGGCUGGCAAUUCCAUAAGUGCCAGGGAAUCUGGGUCAACUAUGGCCUGCAUAUCUCACUUGGGCUGUUGAAGCUUCUGAGUCUUCAUUCACAAAUUUAAUAAAACCAAUGAGACAUUACAUUAAUCAAAAUGCUACAAUAUUUAGUGCUACAAGGCCUUUAUAUGUCCUACUUAUCUGGGAGCAGGUCUCAGGGAACUCAAGAGUACUUGCUUCCAAUUAGCCAUGCAUAGGAUUUUGCUGUUGAUGUGUUACGACAAAAAAUUAACUGAACUCAAGGGGUCACAAACCGCAGGUGGGAGAGGAGACAGAGUUUUUAAAGUUAAGAAUGUGAGGAGAAAAUGAAAUCAUCAAAAUCAUAUAAAUAAUAAAAUCAUUGUCAUUGUCAUUGUCAUCUGAUACUUUUGAAUGCAGGAAUUUCUUUGCCUUGUACAGUAUGACUAAUGACACUUUUUCCUCCACAGUUUGGACUGUACUCGUGAAUACAUUCAAAUCUAUGAUGGAAUGGUAGAUCAUUCAGCACUACUUGGGCAAAUAUGCGAUGGCCCAAGUCAGGUAUUCGUUUCACGUUCAGGCCUCAUGAAAGUUUUACUCCACAGAGGGUCCUAUCGUGCGGGCUCUGGCUUUUUUGCCUAUUACGAUAUAACAGGUAACCCUGGAACUCAUACAUUUACUUUCCAUGCAGCCGAAUAUUUUUGCUUUUCGUAUGCAGGAAUAGAAUUUUGUAGAUCGGAUUAGAAUUUGACAUUAUGGGCAUUUGCUUCAGGAUUCCAACAGAGGGGCUUUAACGCAGUAAACAAUAGGGUUGUGCAACAGUUCACUAGAUUGGCUUGUAUCUGUACUUGUAAUAUUGGGAAACAAUCUACGCUGCUUCAGAGCCACUCUGUCUUUCCAGUUUGACUUCUUGUUCCGAGUCUGAAUUAGACCUGUUUCUCCCCAUUGAUUAUGAUGGGGAAUUUAAACAUGGCUGAACGUUUUCCCCUUUUCUCCAGGAAUGGAUGACAGAGAAAACAAUGCCUCUCCAGAGAGCAUUAAGCCUGCCAAAUUGCAGGCAGUGCAAGGCCUGGUUUUAUCCCUACUACACAUAUGCAGGUUGGAUGGGGAGCUGAUCUGCGGUCUUACCCUCCACACAUAUGUUCAGUGUCACUGUUUUGAUUAUCUGGAGAAGGCCUGACUCAUCCACAAACUAUUUCUGCUCAACCUUUUCAGUGAAAUUUUGCCUUUUUUAGUCUUCUCAGAUCCAGAACUAUGCUACUCGUAAAAGCUGCCCAAACCCCUAUUUGUUUCCAUGGUUUUUCAUUUUGUUUCCUCCAGUCUUCCUUCAAAUGUUUAUUUUUUCUUCAUAGGGAAAGCAAAAGUGCUAAAUUCGCAAAUAAUUUUUUAUUAAAAAAUCAACAUUUUCACUGUAUAUUUUGGAAAGUUGUUUGUUUCACUAUCCAUUUGGAUACUUCUUACAAUAUUAUAAUGGUUGUUCUGGACAUUAAGGGACAAGUUGGGAUACAAUUGGAUGCCAUUUGGAAUCAAGAUGGUUGCCACACCAUGCAAAUGUAUACUUAUUUCAACCACUCAUUUUACAAUUGCUCCGAUACAAGUUUAAAAUAUAAAUGUGGUUUUGAUUUUAAAAGAGGAAAUAUUUUUUAAAAUCUAGGUUGAAUCUUGACAUCUGCGGGACAUUAUAGCAUUAACAAUUGCUAGAAUGUUGACUGUUUUAUAAAAUGAUGUUUUUUAUUUAUAGAUCUGGCAACCUCACCAGUCCCUGAAUUAACAACAGGUAAUGAAAUCUGCUCACCUUUUUUUUUAAUGUAGGGAAUAUGAAGGUCCCUGGGCAUAACAGUAGGCUUGGCAGAGUAAUGGUCAUAGGUAGUAGUCAACUAAAUUUUACUGAGAGUAUAUCCAUUUAAAUUGAGAGUCCUAACUUAGUCAUGUUCAUUAAUUUCAGUGGGUCUACUCUGACCAAAAUGUAAUUAAAUGAUACCUCAUAAAUGCUCUAGCAUUUGAUAAUGUUGAGGUAAUGAGGUUUUAGCAUGGAAGAGAAAAUAAAGACACAAACCAAAUAAGGAACUAUUGGAAAUUUAACAUUAAGUUAUUGAGAAUCCUGAAAUCCAAACAAGGAGAGAUAAUCUGUUGUAGAAAACAUCAGUAAGAGCAAGGGAGAGAGAAUUAAUUUGAGCUGGAAUCAAGAAGAGAAAGAGACUUCAAAAGGUACAUAUUUUUUUUCAGACUUAGCUUUGCAAAGCUCUAUAUUGAUUUGUUUUGUAAUGCUUUCUUCAGCUAUUUCCCUAAGUUGUGGAACUAACUGAGUACAGAACUGAGAUAUACCAUUCCCAUUUUAAAUCAACACAGACUUUAUUUCGUAUUAGGUAAAAAGUCAUUGAAUAUACAUUAUCUGAACAUCACUUACCUGUCCAAACUUGGGGUGGUAAAUGGGAGCAUAGAUAAAAACAGCAUACUUUCUUGGCAUGCAUUUUAAAAACUAAAGGGGGUGAACCUUAAUGGAAAUGAGUAAGUGAAUGAAAGAAUGAAAGUUUGUUGGAAACAGAUGUAUUUAUUCUUGCUUUGUUGUUGUUGUAAAUAUUCUUUCAUCAUGAGGUGAAAUCUAAUGUUGAAUCAGUGCUUUUUUCUAAAAAAAAUGUUUAGGGGUACUCUCAUUUUCCUACUCAUAUUGAAAUAUCGCCCCUCAAUGAGGCCAAACUUAAAUUCACAAAAUGUUUAGGGGUAUGUGUACCCCUGCGUCCCCCCCAGAAAAAAGCACUGUGUUUAAUCAUAUUCAGGGUAGGUUCAUUUAUUUCAGUGGAACUACUCUGAAUAUGACUAAUGUUGGAUAUCACCUUCUGAUGAGAAGAUGAGAGUAAACAGGAACAAAAUUAGGACAAAACUUGAAAAAUUGUGAUAUCCUGGUUUAUUUUAGUAUGUGUAGAGCCAAAACACUGGAUCCCAAGGGCCACACAUCCUCUGUUUCAUAUAAGGAUAUUUAUAAUUUUCUUCAGAACAGCAGCUAACCUUGGUCAAGAGUCCUCCUAUGUUUCUCUUCAGUGUUCUAAGGAUAUUAGAGUCUAAACACACUUACGUCUCUGUUGCUUGUCCAUUUAUGACAACAUGCUGGGGUGGUAAAAUGCUUGUUAUUCAACUGAACUUUACUCCACAAAUAUUGAUAAAGGUUGCUUUUUUCAUCAAAUUCUUCUCUCACAGCUCCAGAGUUGACAACCGAACCUGUGUAUAGUAAGUUUCUAAUCUAAAUCUUUAUUGUUAUACUUUGUCCAAAAAGGGUAUGAAUUAGAGAGAAGCAAGUCUUCAACUGAAUAAUCAGACAUUCAGUUGCAAAUCUGUUGCCUUCUCUCUGUGUUCAUGCAGUUAAGAAUAAUGAAUAUCCAGUGAAGAGGGCCCUCUUAAAAUAGAAAACAUCUCUGAUCACAACUUGUUAUGGUGUAAAAACACUGCAAUCUCUGUUAACUGAAGGGCUUUACAGGCAUUUGGACUUAUGUCCACCGCCUUUCUCUUCUUCAAGGGAAGACAGAGGCAGCAGGGGUGAUUUGAGAAUAGCCUUCCCCUCAGGCUGUAGCAGGAGCAAUGCAAAACAGGGCACCUCAGUCCUAAUCUCUCUAGGCCAGCGAUGGGACACCUUUGGUUCUUCACUUAAAAGUCCUUGACUUAUAAAUAAAUAAAUUACUUUUCUGUUCUUCUGUAUCUCUUCACUACAUUUGCAUGCAAAAUUCAAGUAUAAGAUAUAAUUUUAACUCUUUUGUGUAACAAGUAGUUCAUUUUUUAAAAUGAACAUAGUAGAAUGUGGAUAUUUAAAUUUGCUGACCAAUGUUCAUCUUUCUUUAGCAACAACUCUUCCUCCAGAAACCACUAGUGAGUACCUACCUUUUUGCAUGUAAUUUUGCCACAGUGAACAGCCAAGGGAAUAAUGUAGUUUCGGGCAGAAGAUACAGCAUGGAAUUAAAACGCAGUGCCUUCUUACAUCCCUUAUAAUAAUGGCAUCUCAGGACCAUCUGAGUACAAUCGUGGUUGAUGCUCUUUGGUGCUGAAAGAAUGCAAAGCAGGAAGACCAACAGCAGAUGGAGCCAGAGCACAGUCAUCUAGGCAGCUUCCUAGUUGUCCCCAUUCUCCUCCUUGCUCAGCUGUACAAAGCUAACACUGAGACUAAGAAGGAGGAAUCUGACCAGAAGUACCACCUCCUGGACUUGCACAUAGGAUGGUGGGCAGGCAGGCAGGGGGAGCGGCUGACAGCAGAAUGAGGUUGGUGGGGCAGUGCCCCAUUUGCUUUCACAAAUCAGCCUGACCCAAAGGUAGAUUAAUAUUUGUUUUGACACAAAGUAGAAACAGAAUAGGCUUUAAGCCUUUGAAAAAUUGCAUAUGCAAACACACACACACAACUGAAAGCAUGGUCAUCUUGCACUGGGAUGUAAAGUUAACAUUUUUGUUCCUUGCUUUCUGAUCAUCGCCUUCUGAGAAAUCCUAUAUUUCCAGCCCCCUGAACUGGGUGUUCCCAAUGUGCCUAGGUGAAAUGUUAGUCCUAGAUGCCUGGGGUCUGAGGGAAGAUCUAAAAUGCAGUGCUAAUGUUGCUGUAGAGGAGAUUACCUCUACCAUACCGUGCGCAUAAUGACAAUUGAGCCUGGCUCUACAAAAUGUUCUGUCUGUGUUCUUCAGUGCCCUUUCAGUGUGGUGGCAUCCUCUCGGAACCAUUUGGAUAUAUCUAUGUCCCUUUUUUAAAAUGAACAUAGUACAAUGUAUCAUUUUUUAAAAUGAACAUAGUACAAUGUGGAUAUUUAAAUUUGCUGACCAAUGUUCAUCUUUCUUUAGCAACAACUCUUCCUCCAGAAACCACUAGUGAGUACCUACCUUUUUGCAUGUAAUUUUGCCACAGUGAACAGCAAAAGGAAUGUAGUUUCGGGCAGAAGAUACAGCAUAGAAUUAAAACGCAGUGCCUUCUUACAUCCUUUAUAAUAAUGGCAUCUCAGGACCAUCUGAGCCAGUGUGGUGUAGUGGUUAAGAGCGGUGGACUCGUAAUCUGGGGAACCGGGUUCGCGUCUCCACUCCUCCACAUGCAGCUGCUGGGUGACCUUGGGCCAGUCACACUUCUUUGAAGUCUCUUAGCCCCACUCACCUCACAGAGUGUUUGCGGUGGGGGAGGAAGGGAAAGGAGAAUGUUAGCUGCUUUGAGACUCCUUUGGGUAGUGAUAAAGCGGGAUAUCAAAUCCAAAUCCAUCUGAGUACAAUCGUGGUUGAUGCUCUUUGGUGCUGAAAGAAUGCAAAGCAGGAAGACCAACAGCAGAUGGAGCCAGAGCACAGUCAGCUAGACAGCUUCCUAGUUGUCCCCAUUCUCCUCCUUGCUCAGCUGUACAAAGUUACACUGAGACUAAGAAGGAGGAAUCUGACCAGAAGUACCACCUCCUGGACUUGCACAUAGGAUGGUGGGCAGGCAGGCAGGGGGAGCGGCUGACAGCAGAAUGAGGUUGGUGGGGCAGUGCCCCAUUUGCUUUCACAAAUCAGCCUCCACCGCAGGAGCCUGUUAGUGAGAACUGACCCAAAGGUAGAUUAAUAUUGGUUUUGACAUAAAGUAGAAACAGAAUAGGCUUUAAGCCUUUGAAAAAUUGCAUAUGCAAAUACACACACAACUGAAAGCAUGGUCAUCUUGCACUGGGAUGCAAGGUUAACAUUUUUGUUCCUUGCUUUCUUUGUUCUCUGAACAAAUGAUCAUCGCCUUCUGAGAAAUCCUAUAUUUCCAGCCCCCUGAAUUGGGUGUUCCCAAUGUGCCUAGGUGAAAUGUUAGUCCUAGAUGCCUGGGGUCUGAGGGAAGAUCUAAAAUGCAGUGCUAAUGUUGCUAUAGAGGAGAUUAUCUCUACAAUACCUUGCGCAUAAUGACAACUGAGCCUGGCUCUACAAAAUGUUCUGUCUGUGUUCUUCAGCGCCCUUUCAGUGUGGUGGCAUCCUCUCGGAACCAUAUGGAUAUAUCUAUGGCCCUGAUUAUCCUGGAUAUGGCAGGCUGGUGCAGUGUGCCUGGGAAAUUAAAGCUCCAAUGUUUUACAGUAGAGUUGUUUUACAGUUUAAAACAGUUGGUUGGAAGUAAGUAUUUGCAUUAUCGUAGUCCUUUCUGUACAUUUGACUGAUUAAUUUCUAAAUCUGUUUUUGCAACCAGUAAAAUGCUCCUAAACAACAUGGAGUUUUGUGCCAUCUUAAAGACCGACACAUUUAAAGACAAACAGCAUUUAAUAUUCUUUAGUCUUUAAUGGCCUUUGGGCAAGACCUUUUACACAGAACCUUCAUUGUUUUUUGCUGCAACAGCCUUACAUGGCUUCCCCUGUGGAUAUGGUCAAAAAUGUUUGAGUCCAAGAUAAUUCUUCAUGUCUAGAACAAUCAAGUGAGGUAGCCAGAAUCACCCAGGACCAGAUAUGGUCGUACCUUGGAAGUCGAACGGAAUCCAUUCCAGAAGUCCGUUUGACUUCCAAAACUUUCGAAAACCAAAGCGUGACUUCUGAUUGGAAUUCAUGGAAGCCCCAUCGGACAUUUGGCUUCCAAAAAUAGUUCACAAACUGGAAUAGUCACUUCUGGGUUUGAGACUACCAGGAGACAAAACAUUCGGGAACUAAGCUGUUCCACUUCUAAGGUAUGAUUGUACAUAAGAAGGCAAUGGGCAAGAUACAAUUCACAGUUUUUCAAUAGUCCCAUAUACGUAUAUACGUGAUAUAGUUCACACAAAUGCCUACAAUGAGCCCCAAUGAAUAAGGGAAUAUUGAAUGGAGAAUAGAGGGGGAGAAUGGAAUGCCUCUCUCACACACAUCCAGGGCUUUUAAUUACUGUGAAGAAUAUGUAUUACUUAGUAUUUUUGUUUUUAUAAUACUUAUUCUGUGACAUUUUAUAUACAUUGCAUUACAUGUACUCAACAACUUGAAUCAAAUUCGAUAGUAUUCAUCACAGCUUGGUAACUUAAAGCUUUCUCCCAAUGCCUGUCUACAUCCAUAUAACUUAUAAUAAUAAUAAUAAUAAUAAUAAUAAUAAUAAUAAUAAAUUUUAUUUAUAUCCCGCCCUCCCCAGCCGAAGCCGGGCUCAGGGCGGCUAACAACAAUAAAACAGUAUAAAAGUAUAGCAAAAACAACACUCUAAAAUCAUUCAUUAUAAAAUUAAUUAAUUCAGGCCACUGGCAACCAUUGGGCCAGAGCUCCGCGAAGAUUGCCGAGGGAGGGAGUCAGGCUGUGCCCUGGCCAAAGGCCUGGUGGAACAGCUCUGUCUUGCAGGCCCUGCGGAAAGAUGUCAAGUCCCGCAGGGCCCUGGUCUCUUGUGACAGAGUGUUCCACCAGAUCGGAGCGACAGCCGAAAAAGCCCUGGCUCUAGUUGAGGCCAGCCUAACUUCUCUGUGGCCUGGGACCUUCAAGAUGUUUUUAUUUGAAGACCGUAAGUUUCUCUGUGGGGCAUACCAGGAGAGGCGGUCCCAUAGGUACGAGGGUCCUAGGCCGUAUAGGGCUUUAAAGGUUAAAACCAGCACCUUAAACCUGAUCCUGUACUCCACCGGGAGCCAGUGCAGCUGGUAUAGCACCGGGUGAAUGUGAUCUCGCAGCGAAGACCUCGUAAGGAGUCUCGCUGCAGCAUUCUGCACCCGCUGGAGAUUCUGGGUCAGUCUCAAGGGCAGCCCCACGUAGAGCGAGUUACAAUAAUCCAGUCUGGAGGUGACCGUCGCGUGGAUCACAGUGGCUAGGUCAGGGCGAGAGAGGUAAGGAGCCAACUGCUUAGCUUGGCGGAGAUGGAAAAAUGCCGCCUUUGUUAUAGCUGUAAUCUGUGCCUCCAUGGAAAGGGAGGUGUCGAAGAUUACACCCAAACUCUUAACGGACGGUGCUGGCACUAAUUGCGCCCCCGCAAGAGAUGGGAGUUGCCCCCCCAAUCCCCUAUCGCCCCGUCCCAGCCACAGGACCUCUGUCUUCGAAGGAUUUAGCUUCAACCGGCUCCCACGUAACCAUCCAGCCACAGCUUCCAAACAUCUGGUCAGUGUGUCUGGGGCCGAGUCAGGAUGGCCAUCCAUCAACAGAUAGAGUUGGGUGUCAUCGGCAUACUGAUGGCAACCCAGCCCAAAACUCCGAACAAGCUGGGCGAGGGGGGCGCAUAAAGAUGUUGAAAAGCAUCGGGGAGAGGAUCGCACCCUGAGGUACUCCACACACCAAGGAGUGGCGCGAUGACAAUUCCCCCCCAAGCGCCACCCUCUGUCCCCGACCAGAGAGAAACGAGCGCAGCCAUUGAAGGACUGUGCCCUGGAUCCCCACGUCGGCAAGGCGGUGGUCCAGAAGUUCGUGAUCGACCAUGUCGAAAGCUGCUGACAGAUCUAGAAGAAUCAGCAGCCCCAACCCGCCUCGAUCCAGCUGUCUACGAAGAUCAUCUGUUAGGGCGACCAGAGCCGUCUCGGUCCCAUGACCAGCGCAGAAGCCGGACUGGAAUGGAUCCAGAGCCGAUGUUUCAUCCAGAAACCCACCAAGCUGUUCAGCAACCGCUCUCUCAAUCACCUUACCCAGGAACGGAAGAUUCGAAACCGGGCGGUAAUUGGAUAGAUCUAAAGGAUCUAAUGAUGUUUUCUUUAAGAGCGGGCGCACCACUGCCUCCUUCAGUUCCCCUGGGAAUGUCCCCGUGCCAAGGGACAAAUUGAUGAUAUCCCCCAGGAGGACCCGCACCUCGUCUGGACAUGCUCUAAUCAGCCAAGACGGGCACGGGUCGAGAGGACAGGUGGUGGGCUUUCCAGCUCGGAGGAGUCUGUCCACAUCGGCUGGGGAUAUCCAGUCGAAGUGGUCCAAUACUGGACCCGAGGACAGUCGAGGGGCCUCCAGUUCCUUUAUUGUAUCCAAAUUGGCAGGGAGGUCAUGGCAGAGCAACAAGACCUUCUCCGCAAAAAGCUCGCAAAUGCCUCACAGCUAAGUGUCAAAUUGUUAUUUAAAUUUGGCUGUCCCUCAAGGGACGUUAAAGACCUGAUUAUACUAAAUAAUUGCGCUGGGCGAGAGCUAGCGGAUGCAAUGGAGGCCGAGAAGUAUGACUUCUUAGCAGCCUUCACCGCCAUCUCGUAGGUUUUCAUAAAAGCCCUAUAAGAUGUUCUUGAGGCUCCGUCACGGGCACCCUGCCAUACUCGCUCUAGCCGUCUGAGGUCCCGCUUCAUUUUCCAGAGCUCCUCGGUAAACCAGGGAGCCCGGUUUCUGUGGGUUUGCAGAGGGCGCUUAGGUGCGAUCUCAUCGAUGGCUGCCAGGAGCUGGGUAUUCCAGCCCUCAACAAGCUCAGUCAAUGAGUCGCCAGGGGGAGCAAGGUCCCGCAAGGCUUGGCAGAAUCUAUCAGGGUCCCCCAAUACCAAUAGGUUAGGGAACUCCAAGGCCCAGCCGGCCACCGCCUCCAAUAGGCCUGACAGGGUGGCUGCUGGUGCGCUAGGUGGCCGGUACACCAGCCAGACAGCCAAGCUCUCCUCGGAGCCCCACACUAGGCCAACACAUUCAAUGCCGGGGAUCGAUGGCGAUGGUAGAGCCAUCUUAGAAAACAUUGCUAAAAUCUGACUGUAAAUGUGAGGCUGACCCCAUAUUUUUUCAAAUACUCAGAUUUAUGGAGAAUGAUUGAGUGUAUUUCCAAUAUUUGGUAAUCAAUUUUUUGCCAGUCUCUCAGCAUAAUCUAACAUGCCAUGUCUUGAGGAAUUGCUAGUUGCGAGGAAUAAAAAUAGAGUUUUUACGUGGCUCCAUUAAUAUGAAUAAUAAAUAAUAACUUCUAAAUUUGCAUCUACAGUUUGAACUGCCGCACAGACUAUAUUGCCAUCUAUGAUGGUGGCCUGGGCUCAUCAAGACAACUUGGAAGAAUUUGCUUGCCUACCCGUCAUGUAUUUAUAUCCACUUCAGACAUAAUGACUGUUGAGUUGUACAGAAAUUCCUUUAACGCAGGACCAUCAUUUACUGCUUAUUACUAUACUACGCCACAAGGUAAAAUGUAAUUUUUAGAGUCACCUAUUAAUCAACAAAUAUAUUCAAUCUGCUGCUUUCAUGAAUGGAUCCUUAUGCUUCUUUAAAAAUUGCAUAAGAAUAUAUAAAAAGAGUCCUGCCUAAUAAGACUGAACAUCCUCGUAGCCCCUCAUUUUGGGAAGUCCAGAAACAGGACUUCAAACCUGUUGCAUUUACUGGGUCUGUUCACACGACGGUUUAUUGUGGACCUGUGCUCACGCAUGCAUGUUUUGCACAGCAUCUACAUGGCACAGUCCUCAUCAAAAUGCAGUCCCAUAUUAUUUUCCUAAUUAAUCCAGAUUGGGUGGGUGUGGAACUGGUAAAUGGUAAAUGUGAUAACGCUAAAUGUGUACUAAAUGGUAAAAAAAUAUGAAACGGCAUGUUGAUAAGGACAUCAGGGCUGGUUUGGGAGGUGACUGGGAUGGCACUGGAUUCUUAUGGUUGGGAAGGAGCUGAAUUUUCCCUAGUGUGGGUAAAUGUUGCUUGAGUAAAGAAGCUUCUGCACCCUGGUCUGCCACUUUUUCGGCCCUUUUGAUUUCAUUUGGGCAAGUACUGGGGACACUUCUGUGGCAGUGAAGUAGAGGGAUUCAUCACCUGAUCUCUCUCUCCAACCCCUCUUUCCACCCUUGGAGAGGAAGAUCCAAUGCCGCCAUUAUUAUUAUUAUUAUUAUUAUUAUUAUUAUAUUUCUUUAUUAUUAUUUAUACCUUGCCCAUCUGGCUGGGUUUCCCCAGCUACUCUGGGCAGUUUCCAAAAAAAGAUUAAAAAUACAUUAAACUUCCCUAAACAGGGCUGCCUUCAGAUGUCUUCUAAACAUCAGAUAGUUGUUUAUUUCCUUGACAUCUGAUGGGAGGGCGUUCCACAGGGUGGGCGCCACUACCAAGAAGACUCUCUGCCUGGUUCCCUGUAACUUCGCUUCUCGCAGUGAGGGAACCGCCAGAAGGCCCUCGGUGCUGGACCUCAGUGUCCAGGUAGAACGAUGGGGGUGGAGACGCUCCUUCAAAUAUACUGGACCGAGGCUGUUUAGGGCUUUAAAGGUCAACACCAACACUUUGAAUUGUGCUCGGAAACGUACUGAGAGCCAAUGUAGGUCUUUCAAGACCGGUGUUAUGUGGUCUCGGCGGCCGCUCCCAGUCACCAGUCUAGCCUUACUCCCUUACUACCAGAGGGCCUUACUGCCCCAGGGGACUAUAGGCUUGAAGGACAAGAGUACAUAUUGGAUUUAUAUUCCCUUCUUUUAUUUGUCUUCUCAUUCCCCAACAAUUCACCUUUCAUUCAUUCAUAAGUAAAUACUAUAUGUUAGAUCAUCUAAUGGUCAAACAAAAUUCACUGCCACAAAAAUGGGGUUUCAAUGUAAUAUAGUUCUUAAUAAUUUUUAUUCCUUUCUUUUGCAAGAAACAACCACAGAACACAUCUUGCAAGAAACAACUACAGAACACAUUUUGCAAGAAACAACCACAGAACACAUUGAUCCUAGUAAGAAGAAUCUGCUAGCUAUUUAAAAGCAUUAGUACAAUAUACAGUUUUGAUUUCACUUUACUGCACCAUUUUUCUCUUACUCUGUUACUUUGUUUCUCUUACGAACUAGCUUCUGUCACCCCGGAAGCAACUACAGAAGCAACUACUGCUGCUGGUAAGAGUCCUCUGACUCCCAUACUAAAGUACUAAAUACUAAUCCAGAGUAUGUACACACAAAUAUCAUAGAACAGGUUUCUCAUGCAGAGCAUCUGCUAACGACAAACCUGAAAAUUAGGUGGUGUGUAUAUUUUAAAGAGCCUGAUCUGUUGAUGGCAAAACACAGACUGUCUGGAGAAGCAAGCACAAAUCUCUUCCAGAGAUUUCCUUGACUUCCAUUUCAUUUGUAUCCCAUUGUCUAUGACUCUGUUCCUCAAGUCUGGUCUUGAAACAAGCAUAGUCACAUCCACCUUGCUGAAACAUCCUCCUUGAAUAUUUGCUGAAAUAUUCUCCUUGAAUAUGGGGCUAAGGUGUCAUGCGAAUAAUUUAUGUUAAUGUGGUAGAUGUUGGAGUCGCCUCUGCAGAGGUUAUUCAGUUCCUCUUAGUACCUGACUUCUAAUCGUUAGAUUGUGGUGACUGUUGUUGCUAUGACACACUCAAAGCUUAGGAACUGAAGUCUCUGCAUAAGACUCAGUUGGCAUGUAAGUGUAAUUAGUGGAGCAACUUUUCCAACCAGAAACCACAGAACCUCUGCCAAUGACAAGACUGAAUCUUUCUCUCAAUAGGCAGGCAGUAUGAAAGAUACCUAGUAGAAAUUUCAUUCAGAAUUUGGGGAAAGAGCUCUUAGGUGUGGUUGCUAGUACAUAUUUGAAACUCUGAAAGUAUUAGUGAUACAUGUUCCAAAGGUAACUGAGUCAAUAUUUCAAAACAAGGAAGAAACUGAACCAACUUUUGAAAAAGAGUUUGGAAAAUUGAAUGGAAAUUGUGUGUGUGUGUGUGUGUGUGUGUGUGUGUAACUGGAAGCAAUAGGUAUCUUGUACUGAGCUGUAUUUGAAAGCAUGUCCAGUGCAAGUAGAUAAAUAGGUACCACUCCGGCGGGAAGGUAAACGGCGUUUCCGAGCUCUGCUCUGGUUCACCAGAAGCGGCUUAAUCAUGCUGGCCACAUGACCCGGAAGCUGUCUGCAGACAAACACCAGCUCCCUUAGCCUACAGAGUGAGAUGAGCGCGCAAACCAGGAGUCGUCCACGACUGGACCUAAUGGUCAGGGGUACCUUUGCCUUUUACUGAGCUGUAUUAGGCAUGGCAUAGCAACCUGGAUUUGGGUAUCAGCUUUAUUCCCCAUUUCCUUUCUUUGAGGGACAAACUAUCACCAGCUUUUUAUAAAUCUUCCAUUUCUAGCCUGAUGCAGUAGUGCUGAGGCUAGAUGCUUCUUGGGUUUGGUGGUCCACUGAAAAAUAUCCAGUGUUAGUUACACUGAGUAGUAAACCUUCAGGCCCUUACUACAAGGAUUGCCUAUAGUGCCACAGAUCCUUUCCCCAAAGAUUCUUGGAAAUUUUAGCUUGUUUAGGGUGCUGAGAACUGAUAGGAGGCCCCCAUUCCCCUCUCAGAGCUACAGUUGUCAGAGUUCCAUGGAUGGUUGUUCAAUGUUUGGCUUAAUAUUAACACAUUCUGCCACAAUCUGAUUGAUUCUGUUCUUUCUUACUAGUUCUAUCCACAACUGGAGAACCGACCACUAUAGUCACACAGUGUAAGUCUGCAUGUAGAAACUUCUUUUGUGACCACACAGGGAAAUAAGACACACAGAUUGGGUGAACUGAACCACAUUUAAUUUAACACUGCAAAUUUGCAGAAGGGAACCAAGGUCAACCUCAGACAUCUCCCUCUGCUCUCAUGGAGGGAGAUCUGAUUAUUUCUGUGGCCCACAAGGAAGUUCCCUCAAGGGGCACAGGGUUGCUGGGUUCAUUGGGUAAAAAUACUGAUGAAUAUUAAUAGAUAAUAGUGACAUGCCUAUUUCUUACCAAUGCAUAUCAAUGUUUCUCUUUCUUUGUGAACAGCUUCUUCUACUCCUCCUGGUGAGUCCUACUUUUUUUAUUCCAAGUCUGAAUCUUUCUCAAUAGGCAUGAAGUAUGAAAGAUACAUAGUGGGAAAUCGAUUAAGAAUUGGGGGGGGGGAGCUCUUAGGUGUUGUUGCUAGUACAUAUUUGAAAGUCUGAAAGUAUUAGUGAUAUAUGUUUCAAAGGUAACUGAGUCAUUAUUUCAAAACAAGGAAGAAAUUGAACCAACUUUUGAAAAACAGUUUGGAAAAUUGAAUGGAAAUUGUGUGUGUGUGUGUGUUUGUGCAAGAAACUGGAAGCAAUAGAUAUCUUCUAGUGAGCAGAAUUAGGCAUGGCAUAGCAACCUGGCUUUUGGGUACAACUGUGUUCCGCAUUUCUUUUCUUCUAGGAACAAACUACCAUCAGCUUUUUAGAAAUCUUCCAUUUCUAUCCUGAUGCAGUAGUGCUGAGGCUAGAUGCUUCUUGGGUUUGGUGGUCCACUAAAAUAUAUCCAGUGUUAGUUAUACUGAGUAGUAUACCUUCAGGCCCUUACUACAAGGAUUGCCACUUGUGCCACAGAUACUUUCCCCAAAGAUUCUUGGGAAUUUUAGCUUGUUAAGGGUGUGGAGAAUUGUUAGGAGGCCCUCAUCGCCCUCUCAAAGCUACAGUUGUCAGAGUUCCAUGGAGAGAAGGUUUGGUUGUUCAAUGUUUGGCUUAAUAUUAACACAUUCUACCACAAUCUGAUCGAUUCUGUUCUUACUUACUAGUUCAAUCCACAACUGGAGAGCCGACCAUUAUAUUCACAGAGUGUAAGUCUGCAUGUAGAAACUUCUUUUGUGACCACACAGGGAAAUAAGACACACAGAUUGGGUGAACUGAGCCACAUUUAAUUUAAUACUGCAAAUCUGCAGAAGGGAACCAAGGUCAACCUCAGACAUCUCCCUCUGCUCUCAUGGAGGGAGAUCUGAUUAUUUCUGUGGCCCACAGGACAGUUCCCCCAAGGGGCACAGGGUUGCUGGCUUCAUUGGGUAAAAAUACUGAUGAAUAUUAAUAGAUAAUAGUGACAUGCCUAUUUCUUACCAAUGCAUAUCAAUGUUUCUCUUUCUUUGUGAACAGCUUCUUCUACUCCUCCUGGUGAGUCCUACUUUUUUUAUUCCAAGUCUGAAUCUUUCUCAAUAUGCAUGAAGUAUGAAAGAUACAUAGUGUGAAAUCGAUUAAGAAUUGGGGGGGGGGGUGAGCUCUUAGGUGUGGUUGCUAGUACAUAUUUGAAAGUCUGAAAGUAUUAGUGAUAUAUGUUCCAGAGGUAACCGAGUCAUUAUUUCAAAACAAAGAAGAAAUUGAACAGACUUUUGAAAAACAGUUUGGAAAAUUGAAUGGAAAUUGUGUGUGUGUGUGUGUGUGUGUGUGUGUGUGUGUAAGUUACUGGAAGCAAUAGGUAUUUUGUAGUGAGCUGUAUUAGGCAUGGCAUAGCAACCUGGCUUUUGGUUUUCUUCUAGGAACAAACUACCAUUAGCUUUUUAGUAUGAAAGAUACAUAGUGGGAAAUUGAUUAAGAAUGGGGGGGGGAGCUCUUAGGUGUGGUUGCUAGUACACAUUUGAAAGUUUUAAAGCAUUGGUUCCAAAGGUAACUGAGUCAUUAUUUCAAAACAAAGAAGAAAUUGAACAGACUUUUGAAUAAUGUUUUUUGGAAAAUUGAAUGGAGUGUAAGUAUAAUGUAAGCAUAGGUCUGCAUGCUUGAAACAUCUUUUGUGACCACACCGGGAAAUAAGACACACACAGUGAGUAAACUGGGCCACAUUUAAUUUAACACUACAAAUCUGCAGAAGGGAACCAAGGUCAACCUCAGACAUCUCCCUCUGCUCUCAUGGAGGGAGAUCUGAUUAUUUCUGUGGCCCACAAGGAAGUUCCCUCAAGGGGCACAGAGUUGCUGGGUUCACUGGGUAAAAAUACUGAUGAAUAUUAAUAGAUAAUAGUGACAUGCCUAUUUCUUACCAAUGCAUAUCAAUGUUCCUCUUUCUUUGUGAACAGCUCCUUCUACUCCUAUUGGUGAGUCCUACUUUUUCAUUACAAGGCUGAAUCUUUCUCAAUAGGCAUGAAGUAUGAAAGCUAAAUAGUGGGAAAUUGAUUAAGAAUGGGGGGGGGUAGAGCUCUUAGGUGUUGUUACUAGUGCAUAUUUGAAAGUUUGAAAGCAUUCGUGAUAUAUGUUCCAAAGGUAACCGAGUCAUUAUUUCAAAACAAAGAAGAAAUUGAACAGACUUUUGAAUAAAGAUUUUGGAAAAUUGAAUGGAAUGUAAGUAGAAUGUAAAGACUCUCCUCAUGCAAGAGAGGGGAGUGAUUGUGGUCGGGAGCCGGGCUCCGCCUCAAGCAGGGGGUGUUAGUCCCCUGCCUCCCACUCACCUGGCUGGCGCCCACGCCCACGGGCAGGCACCCAACCAGGUGCCUGCGAGGGGGCGUGUUUAGCAGCCUAAAUUGAUGCGGCGCCAGCCUUCCGGCCUCACUUUUCGUCGUCCCGUCGCAAGUCACCCACCCUCCACUCCCUUAGAGCUCAGGGUCUCAGUUUCUUCUGGCCUUGCUAUGGACCUUAGGUUGGUCGCCCUGGUUGUUCAGGGGGCCUGGUAGGAAUUUUUCUAUUUGCCAUUAGGCUUUGUGGUUUUUUCGCCUACCUCGUAGCAAUCGUCACAACUUUCGUGGUGUUGGUGGGUAGGUUAGGCAUUGGAAUAAUGUGUUGUGGUGUGUCGAAGGGCUAGGUGUGGCCAUCGCCUGCGCCUUCAAUUUUUGGGUAUUCCGUUAAAGGAAUCCGGCAGUCGUGUAUUCUGUCCGGUGCCUGCGUGGCAGGAGGCCAUGGCACGACCCUCGGUGACAUCAGGGGAGAGCUUAUAGUUGGAUUAGCAUCAACAGGCUCCACCUACUGGUGAAUAACCCCCCCCCCUGUUUUUAGACUCACCCCUCUCUGAGGGGGUGGAGUCCGCUGACGUAAUCCAGUGCCUAAGCCAAUACCUUUUCACUUGCUGUAAUCAAUAAAGUUGUGGCCUUUUCUUGCCCAUUAACCUUAUAUCACGUGUCCUUGUGUUUUCAUUCCACUACGCGGGGAUCGGGUCCUCGAACCACAAGCAUAGGUCUGCAUGCUUGAAACAUCUUUUGUAACCACAUAGGGAAAUAAAAUACACAGACUGGGCGGAAUGAGCCACAUUUAAUUUAACACAACAGAUCUGCCGAAGGGAACCAAAGUGCACAAUACUAUCUUCAAAUAGCAAACAGGGUGAACCGACUCUGACAAGAAUAAGAGGCAUCAUUUCACCUUAAGCCCCAUAGCUUAGAUGGGGUUUUACAGGUUGGCCUCAAAGGUACUUCUUAUUCUGUCAGUGGGUCUCACAACUCAGAAGGCAAGGCUCAGAAAAGUACCUAAGGGUGCUCACCAAACCUUAACUACCCGAUAACUAAUUAAUUAACCUAUUUAACAACAAAGUGAUUUACAACCAACUAAACAGACAGGCAACUCUCACCCAUGAGAUGAAGUAAAACCAAGAGGAAAGAGAAAUGCAUUAAAAACAUCCUGCCCACAAAUAUAUUAGUAAUUUAAUAGGGGCAAGGAUAUUGGAGGCCUCCAGCUUCAACCUAAAAGGGCCAAUUAUUUGCUUAUUAAUAACAGAAGGAGAGAGUUAAUGCAAUCAAGUUGGGGGAGGGAGGGAGGAAGAGUUUAAAUUAAGCUGGAUUUCAUUUCAGAUUUCUCUGUACAAAAUUCUAUUUUGGCUUACAUGCACAAAAUAUUGUGUUUUCUAGUAUGUGGUGGCUAUCUCUCCCUUCCAAAUGGAUCUUUCUCUGGACCAUAUUAUCCUGGAAACGGUGCAAUUAUACAGUGUAGCUGGGAAAUUCAAGUGAGCCCUGAUAGACAAAUAGUUCUCCAGUUUUCUUAUAUUAGGUAAGUGUAAGGAACUGAAUGUUUUUCCAUUUUCCACAGGCACCUGCACAUGAUGUUAAUUCAUGGUUUUGUCAUUACCUGAAGACUUUAAUAGGCUGUGGGUGACUGUUCUUCUCUGUGCUUGAAAAGAUAGAUGUGUUGAGGUGUUUGCCUGAAUUUGUAAGCACCAAACUUUGUAGGGAGGUCAGAAUGUUUAUGCAAGCCCUGCCCUUAACCUGGCUGUCUGCUUUGCUCCUUCCCUCUCAGCCUCCAACCUUCUCUGUGUCGCACAGGGAGGGUCUGCAUAGAAUUUCUACUUGUAUUCACUUGAACACAAGCAGAACUCUCUGCAUGAGGGACCCUGAUUCUAUCCAACAAACUUAGCAUGUGAUAGCCAUCAGAUUAAAUCCUGCUAACUGAUCAUGCAGUUCUGCCCUACACGAGAUGAAAUCCCAUACAAAUUAAAAACCUUCCAAAGAAAAUACAUCAUAAACACAUUUUUAUUACAAACUCUACAAGUGGUAGAUAUUGGCCCUUUCCUGAAAACAAAAGGGUCCACUUUUUAAUGCUUUCUUAGGAAAUAUGAAGGACAGGCCCUUUCACUGAGGCAUUGAAAGAUGAGUAAAAAAGACAAGUAUUUUGUGAAUCUUGUCUUUAAAGCAAAUUAUGCUGUUCCAGCCAGAGGAGACAUCAUUCAAUAGCAAAGUGGUUAAAUUGUAUGCAUAUAUAUUUGAAUUCUUUGAAUAAAUUUGUAAAUUUGAAUGUUUGAAUUCUGGGCAUUUUCAGGAGCAAGGCUGGGAAAGACCUAUAACUGUGACACUGGAAAGCCAUUGCCAGGUGGAGCAGACUGUACUGGACGUAAUGGGCCAGAGGUCUGACAUGACCUUGAUAUGUACAUAGGCACGCCACUCUUUUAGGCUGAGCUAAUCUGAGAUACAUCUGAGAGCCUCAUCAGCCACCUAGCUUAUCACUCAGCUGACAUUUACUGAACCAUCUCCAUAGUAUCAUAGAUGUAGUGUGGGGUUCUCACAGGCAGAACCAAUCAUAACAUUACUUUAAUAUGUUCGGAAUUCAGGUCAGCUCCACUGAAUCUAUGUAUUUACCUUUAUAUUUUGGCAUAUGUGUCACCAAAGAGAGAAUCAAAGGGUGCUUGAAUGUUCACUUGAAUGUUCAAUGUGGCAUCUUUGCUCCUCAUAUGUACAUGUUAUUUGCAGUGUCCAAACAUUGUCAUUGUCAUCAAAAUGCCAGCCCAUAUCUGCCCCCUCCUGGAUUUAUUAUUUCCAGGGAAACCCUGAUAAGUAAAGAACGACAACGCUAUUGCCAGUGAAUCAUUUGUGAUAGUGACCCAUUAUGAAAUUGAACCCCCAUAUAUAAGCAACCUAUGUAACUUUUCUUUACUUAAUGUGAAAAUCUGAUGUAUGAAAUGAUGGCAUAAUUUUAUACACAAAGAGUGACUUGUUGACCUACCUUUAUACAGUCUGGACUGCAAUAAAGAAUAUAUUGUGAUCUUCGAUGGGUACCCGUAUGACUCCACUAUUCUUGGAAGAACUUGCUCUGGCAUCUAUCUCAACUAUACCUACAUAUCAACUUCCAACACAAUGACUAUUCUGCUGCACAGAGAUUCAUAUUACUCAGGAGAUGGGUUUUAUGCUUCUUACUAUUCUAUUCCACUAAGUAAGAGUUAUCUAUUUAUCUAGUUCUAUGACAUUUCUAGUAUCUGUUGUGUUAGAUUAAUGUUGUUCUGGUUUGAGGAUGCAAUGUAAGCUGAAAAUCAACAUAUGUCUUGGACAGAGAUGGGGAACUUGUGGUUCUCCAGAUGGUCUCCAACUCCCAUCAAUCCCUGCCAGCAUAGGCAAAGAUCAGGGAUGAUGUGAGUUGUGAUCUAGCAACAUUGGGUGGGCCACAGGCUCCCCACCCUUUGUCUAGGAUCAUACCAACAUACAAACCCAUAGGCUGGUCGGAUUAUGGCACAGUUUCUGUGACUUAUCCAGAGAUGAAUAGGAUAUUUACUUUGCUUAACUUUCCUGUUUGCAUGAAAGGUAUCAGUUUGCAGUUGGAUAGAUCAAAGGUAUUUUUCCUGUGAGGGACCAAAGUAAGAUCUGAAUGCACAAUUUUCUGCCAUGUUAAAAUUUCUAGCCCCUUGACAUGCACACUUUGACGAAUAAGGCGAUGCUUCACUUUAGCAACAACUGAAGCAGCGUCUCACCACUGACACCUUUUUUUGUUAAUGUUGUAGGAGAAUAUUUUAUUCCACCAGGCUUUUUGUAUGUUUUAAGCAUCCUGAUUUACUUGCAUUUCACUUUAAAUGUUCUCCCUUUAAUUGUAUUGAUAUUUUUUUGCUGUAUAAAUAAGGCGUGUGCACGCGCGCGCACACACACACACACACACACUGGUGACUUUUGUCAGUGAAGAAUAGCUGCCAUAUGUUCCUAGGUUAUUGGAUAUAUUACUGCUAGGAUCUUAACAUCAGUGUAAUAGUACUUUUAUUGUACUAUUUGUUUACCUAAAUAGGAAUAGAAACAACUACUGAACCACCUCUCAAUGAAUCAACAGCUGGUAAGACCUUGUUCUUUUUCUUUUAUGUCAUUCAUUUUAAAUGCUCUCCCUUUAAUUGUAUUCUUGUAUGAUUAAUGUGUGUGUGUUUGUUUGUGUGUGCGCGCGCACACACACACUGACGACCAGUCAAUGAAAAAUAUCUGCAAUAUAUUACUAGGUUACUGGAUAGAUGACUGCUGGGAUCUCGAUAUCUUCAGUGGACUAUCUGUACUAUUUAUUUUGGUUCCUUUAAUAGACUUAACAUUUGAAUCAAGUGCUAGUGAAGCAACAACUGAUAAGAUGUUUUUCCUUUUCUUCUGUGUCUUUUGUUAGGUAAUAAGGCAAAUGGUUAAACAUGACACUCAAAGAAACUAGAUGCUUCUUUUCACAGUUGUGUGAUUUAGGCAUCUCUGAGCUUGCAGAGGAUUGCAUGCUCAAGAUCCAGGGAAGCUGUUCUUCACCACAGAUAUAUCUGAAACUACUUGGUUUCUGCUAUCUUCUCUCUGUUGUGGAAAAGAAGCAGUAGAUUUUACUCCUCCGGGAAUGGCAUUAGAUUACACAGUAGAGGCACUCAGAAAAGAACAUCUUUCAUAUACUUAAAUCCCAACAAACUGGAGUAUAAGCAACACUGUUUGUUUGUAUAAUGGUCUUUGUCAUGGUGGAAGGGUGUAGCAGGUGAGGGCACAGAACUCAAUGUUGUGACUACCGUUUCCCAACUUUUUACCAUUUAAAUGCGAAUUAGACACAAAUUGAUCUCCCUUUUGUUUUGUUUUUCAUUUGUACAGCUCUUCCUACAAGUUUAGCACCAGUUCCUGCAAGAAGUAAGUUCCGAUUUCUCCCUAAAACAUGCAUGUGAGAAUCACAGAUUUUGCUGAUUUGGGAUGCCUAGCUGAAAAGUCUCUGUGUUCAAAGGAAAUAGUGAAACUGAGUAUUCCCUCCCAAAUACUUCAAAUUUCUGAAAAUGUGGUAAAGCUGUUUCAUGGCAGCUUCAUUAUGAGCUCAAACAAGCCCCCGCUUGCCUGACAUAUCAUUCACCAAGGUUGCCCCUACUCAUAAGUAAAAUGUAAAAAACAUUACACUAUUUAAUAUGGUUUCUAUGUGCCCUCAUUCAGCGCUUUCGUGUUCUGGAGAAUACAUGCUUGCACGCAUCAGCAGGGACUAUCUUGGGUUGCUGGGCUACAAUGCAAGCGAAGUAUCCCUGAAUACUUCAGACCCUUUCUGCACACCUCAGAUUACUCAAGACUAUGUGGUCUUCGAGAUACCAUAUAGUGGGUGUGGCACAGUAAGAAAGGUAAGACAAUGAGUUCUUAAAAAUAUUGUCAGUAUCCAAUGCACUUGUUCUGUUUGUGCAAGGAUUUUUGCAUGUGCUAUGGAACUUCUCCUCUAUCCUCUCCCUGCACAUCUCACACCCUCCUCAAAUCUAUUUCAGGGUUGUUGGAAACCCCAGAAGAGAUUUAAGGGGCUGUGGUCAAAGGAGGGGAUAAAGUUCUGCUGCACAAGCUUAAAUCCUUGCAAUGAUGGAACUAGUUACUCAGUACCACGUUGGGUACUGCACAUUAUCUGUUAUCCGGUUCUUAUCUUUGUAACAUUACCCUGCUGUUUAAAGUUUGGAAAAGUAUUUCACCCACCUUUUGGCUAUAACAUCUGAAUGAUCUGGCUUAGAGAGAGCCUUGGGAAAUCCAUGCUGCCUCUUCUCCACUCUGCCAUGGAGCUAGUUUCCUCUUCUUUUUUCAACUAUAUUUCUAAGAAAUGUCAGCGCUGCCCUUCAUAGACUUUGACACCAUUGAACGAUGUGUUUAAUUCAGACGUGAAACUACCAAUUUCAGAACUUGGGUUAAAUAGCAAGUAGCAAUAUGCCACACCAUUUAAAGCAGACCGUAUUGUGGGUAAUUCCUGACAUUUCUGUUAAUCAUAGGAAAUACAGGAGUGGGGAAAUUGCUCCAGAAAGAGUAAGUGGUAUAAGGCAGGGGGAAAGCGUUAUGUUCCUGAGAUUGUCCUCCACUUUUAGAAAGCCAGUAAAUUAGGGGUAGCAUUAUGAUCACGCUGCCUGGCCCUUUGAAUGCUUUGCAUUAUGCUCAGCUUUUUCACUUCUGAGGACAAAACCCGUCAUGUUAAUACACACAAACAAGCAAAUAAACUCAGUUAUUCUUAAAGAAACCCAUAGCAUUUUAAAGAUAAAUGUCAUAAAAGUCAGAUAUUUGUUGGUAUAUUAAUUUGAAUUAAAAGAUGUAGCAAUCUUUCUGCACUUUUCUGUGUUUCUCUUCUCAACUACUGAAUGCAUUAUAUACUUUUAUCUUUCUUAACUUUUUCAGUGAGAAUGCAAUAAAAUUCCAGAUUAUAUAAGGUGGUUUUUUUUAAUGGUAAUGUCUGAAAUAUCAGCACAUUCUAAAGUGGUUAAGUAUAUUGGGUGUGUUUUAUAUGACAGGUCCUAAUUUACACAUAUUAUUGACAUAGAUCUUUCUCCCCUGUCCUUUAGCAGUCAAAUAAUGACACCAUCACCUAUUCCAACAUAAUCAAGACAUUAGCCGCUGGUUACAUCAUUACAAGAAGGAAAAACUUCCAAUUUCAUAUUAUGUGUGAAAUGAACGCAAUGACUGUUGUAGAGACGAUGUUUGUUGCCCAAAAUUCCAUUGACAUUACUGAAAGAAAACUUGGCAACUACAGUGUGGCGCUUUCAUUCUAUGAAUCAUCAUCCUUCAACAUUUCAGUUCGCAGUUUUCCAUACUUUGUGUACCUCAACCAGGUUCUCUAUCUCCAAGCUACUCUCAACAGUUCUGAUCCGAACUUAGUACUAUUUCUAGACACAUGUGUAGCAUCUCCAUACCCUGGUGACUUCAGAACUCUGACCUAUGACUUAAUCAAGAAUGGGUGAGUAUAUUUUAGAUAAGCAUGUUUAGAUAUCCACUUAUAAGAAGGGCUUUCCUUUUGGCUUAUAUGACAGCAGAGUUAAUACUAACCAUGCAAUGCCAUUCACACUCACCUGGAAUAAACCAUACUGAGCUCAAUUGGAUUUCUGCAUAGGCACAUAUAGGAUUGUACUUAAAGGUUUCUUUGUGGUAUGAACAAGUGGAGUUGCUUUACUCUCAAACUGACUCUGAAAUUCACUUUUUAAUUCUGACAUCAUAUUUCUUAAGAAAAUCUAUAAAGAGUUGCAGAGCCUACUUGCUAUUACUUGUUCCUGAAUAUAAUAAUAAAUAUGGUUGUGUGCUGCUAACUCAUUGUGUCAUCAGUCAAAGAGUCUUAGACAAAAGCAGGGGAGGCAAAUACUUGUUAUCGCAAUGGCCAGCCUGCAUGCAGGACCUCUUCCCAAUUGCUUCCCAGUAACUGGUAUUCAGAAGCAUACUGUCUUUGACAAUGGAGGCAAAGCAGAGCCAUCAUCACUAGUACCUUGAUAGUUGAAUCCUCCACAAACAUCUUAUGGGAGUGAAUUCCAAAGUUUAACAAUGUGCUGUGCUGUGUGAAGUACUUUCCUUUGUCUGCUCAGAAUUUUCUAACUUGAAGUUUCGUCAGAUGGGCCCAAGUUCUGGUAUUUUGAGUAACUGCUUUCACAUACGCUGAGUCUAUCUUCCGUUUUAUUCUCUGAAAUCCACCAUCCACUUAUUGAUAUUUCUUCUCAUCCUUCUCCAGCAUGGUCUUUAGUCACCAAAGAUAACAUACUUCAGAACUCCAUAAAGGAUUCAUCUAAAGUAAUUAUGUAAACAAACUUGGUUCUUUUAUUUUCAGAUGUGUGCGAGACCCAACCUUCUUAAAUCUGAGUGAACUCGGAUUUAACUCAAGCAACAAUCAAGUUCGUUUCAAGUUCAACUCUUUUAAGUUUCUUUAUGAACAUAAUCAAAUUUAUCUGCAAUGCAAACUAGUAGUAUGUAAGGCAUAUGAUUACUCAUCCCGAUGCUACCAGGGAUGUUUAACUAGAAGGAAGAGGGAUACAGAUGAACCUCAGGAUAAAGUGGAUGUGGUUGUGGGACCAGUCAAACUGCAGAAAGAAACCAUUGAAGACAAAGGACAGGGUAACUUUUAUUUUUGAUUCCUUUUUUUGCUACUUUUUUCUGAUGAUUGCAGACCAGGAUUAAAAUAAAUGCCUGGACACAUUUGCUGCGUUGAAUAACUACCAUUUUAUUGAACAUUAAACCAAAUUUGCAGAGGGAAACUAUAGGUGUGGGAAUGAACAAAUCAGGAAAUCACGUAGGUUUAAGACAAACCAAUCCCUUGCUGGGUCAAUGGUAAACCAUUUUGUUUACUCCUUACCCCAGCCACACCCUGACUGUGAGUUGGGAGCCCUGCAUUCACCACCACCCCUUUGGGCCCCCAAACUCCAGGUGGAUUAGGCUAGUUGACUUCAGAAGAAGUCUCUCUCCUAUCUCCAAGCCCUGCAGGCCUCAGAAACAAACAGUCACCCCAAAUGGAGCCUAAAGGGAUCACCAAGCUACCCUAUCAAGUUCCCCUUGUGGCACCUAUGUGCCAAAGUGAGCAGAUUAUUUUAAGAAAAAACAACACUCAAAUGGUCAGAUUAACCUGUAACGCAAGCAGAACCUAUAACGCAAGCAAGUCAAGAGCCAGAUGAACCUGUCAGCCAUAAUAGCCUAGUAUUAAGGCACUGCACCUAAACCGUCUCCCAUCCCACUUUACAGUAUGGCAUAGGCAAAAACUCCAGCUGCAGAACAAGGCAGGUGGGCUCAAAAAUCCUACUUGGCCCUGAAGCAAAUCAUACUGUGAUGGAGGUUGGGAGAGAGGGUGGGUGCCAGAUAAAACAGAGGGGGAAGGGGAGGGGAGGUGGGCUUUUAAAAGGCUCUGUCACUCCCCCCCCCCCCCGAGUGCUGUCAUGCUAUGGUACAGCUUGAGACUCAGAUGCAAACUCCCACCACCACCCAAAGCAAUCUGGGCGGUGGAAUAAUGAUUUUCAAAAUAUAUUCCGAAGUAUCUUGAAAUAAUAAUUACUCAAGAACAAAGUGUUGUUAAAAUAUUCUACUACUUUGUUCAAAUAAUAUUAAAACCAAUAUUUAUUCCUAAUUUGCCUGCCAAAAGCAUAGUAACAUAACACAAUGAAAUCUCAUUCUGUGUUGCUUCCACUCUUCGGGUAACAUUUCCCUAAUGGGCAACUUUUUGAGAGUCACAUGCCACUGAUGCAUGGAAAGAUAAUGUAAAGAUGGGCAGAAUAAAGAAUUUGACUCUUAUGUUUGGAACAUAGGAUGCUGCCUUAGACAAAGCCAGGCAAUUGUCAAUCUAACUCAGAGUUCUUUAGAUGGACUCACAGUGACUCUCCAGGGUUUCAGACAGAGGUCUUCUCCAGCCCUAUCUGAAGAUGCCAGGAAUUUGACCUGAGCCUUCUGCCUUCAAAGCAGUUGUUGCCAUUCAAAGACGAACUUGCCCUCUAACAAAACUAAUAUAUAUACAUUUAGAUAAAGGUACAAAGUGUUUUCCUUGUAUGUUUAUAUUGCUGUAACUUGCCCAGGGAUCUUAUGGGGAAGAACAGGUAAGAAAUCUCAUACGUACAUACAUACAUACAUACAUACAUUAUCUGAAAAAUUGUUCCAAACUGUGUUUUUUUAUUCUAUUUACAGAACUGGCUAAGAGUAUGAAUCUAGAAAAGAAAGAAGCUCUCAGCCCACUUGCUGUUACUACUGUACUUUUGGCAGCCAUGGUCUUUGUUCUGUCUGGCUUACUUAUAAGCAGCAAACUGAGAAGGAAAAACUAUCUCCAAAUCUACUGAUACCAAUGCGUCAGCAAGAUAUACAUUCAGCACUUCCUACACAAAAACAAAAACUGCAUCAUUCGCAUGUAUUUCUGAAACUUAAAUCCAUAGACAGGCACAUCUGUAGUUGGGCACAUUUACUGGUAGCUUAAAACACAGCCCAGUUCAAUCAAAGUACCAGGAUCAAAUAUGUAUUCUGAUCAAAAUCAUUGCCUAUAUCCAGCUAUUUUGACUUAAUGGCAUUGUGGAAUUGCUCUCAUUCUCCUUUUAAACAUUCCCCCCUAUCUUCUAUGGAUAUAGUUAACUUCCAUUGUACUUCCCAAAACCAUUCUACAUAUAAAUAUUAUACAUGCCAACUUCAUAUGUCAGAGAUGCAUCAGGACUAUAUUUCAAAGGAGGAUUUGUUGUGACUCUUCAGUUAAUAUUUAGGAGCUGAAAGGCAAACUGCUGAAGUUUAUUGGAAUCAUUGGAAACAGACAUAGGAAAUGUGCUUCAUAAUACAUAGCUGAACAUGCUCCAGCUAUGUCGAUUUUGAAAUGAUACGUUUGAUAUUCUCUUUUGACUAGUGUGGAAUCUCUGUCACAAAUGUGCACAAGCAGUUUGGCUUAUGGCCUGAUUCACUAGCCAGUUCAGUCAGAGAAUUUCAUGUUCAGUUCCAUUUAUCUUACAAUUAGUUUAAAUCCUAGGAUGUUUUUGUUAAUUACUUAAGCAAAGGAUCUCACAAUCCAACUUUUCUCUGUCACUAUUCCAUUAUGCUAUUUCUGCUUCUUUUGAAAAGCAAACUACUGCUUUGCCCCAUUGUGCUUUGGGAGAAAUUUCAGAUGACCACGUUACCCUUUCACGUGGCAAUUCAUGCUGUCACACUGAUGCAAAUAACAAACCCAUCAUUUGUAGGAAGCAUAAAACAGAUUCAGGGUUUGUUGUUGCAUUUUGCUAACUGAAGGUAAAGAGGCAUUCGGAGUCCACAUGGUGACUGACAGAAUAAUAAGAACAGAAUUAUAAUCUCAAGCAACUCCCAAGGAAAGGGUGGCCCAUAAAACUGAACAGAUAGUUAUAGGGUUUUAUGAUGAAUUCAGGAAUAGAAAAAUCUGUUUCAUCAAUGUAAUGCCAAAUUAUAUGAAGUUGCAUUUUGCUGCCAACUACUUUGCAAUAAAAUUACUACAUCUUUGCAAGUUAG